CGCUUUGUCCCCAGGGAAAGAAGCUAUUUCAGACUUAACUAAGGAAUCAGCUAACAUGUUUCAACAAACCCUACUCUUUCUCUGUUUAUUUUAAAGAUAUCACUGUGAUUUUGUUUCAUUUGCAACUGGAGACUAAAUGACACCAAGCAGAAUCUGCUGUUAGGUUAGAUUACAAGAAUACUUUCUGAGACACACAAAAACAUGCAGGCUACAUCACUAGUUUAUUAUUUCCUGCUUGUGUCUCUGUGCAUUGAUUUUUCUCACAAUGAAACUAGUGCACUUCUCAGAAGGCAACGGAGAAGAAUGCGCCACAGAGGACUGCGAAGGAGCUCCUCAGCUGAGCACAAGGCCCCCAGACAGGCAAGGAUGAAGUUUCCAGAGCCGGUUCCUGUAGUACCCAGCAUACCUCUCAUUAACAUUGAUGACAGUGUUAUGGGAGUAUUUGACUCUCUCAUAGGUUUGGGUGGACAUGAAUCUAGUUACAGUGUCUUGCCAGGAAAGACAGGGCACUGCACAGCUAAUGGGAUGAUUAUGUAUGAUAAAGCCGUCUGGUCUCCCAAGCCCUGCAUUACCUGCCUCUGUUCAAAAGGAGAAGUGAUAUGUGAUACCACUAUGUGCCCUCCUCUGAGAUGUCCCAAAACAAUUAUACCUGCAGGAGAAUGCUGCCCAGUUUGUUCUGAUACUGCCUCCUCUUUGGAUUCAAGUAUUAUUUCACUGGGUGACAUAAGUGAGUUUUCCGGUGAUUCUCCAGAACCCAACGACCUUGACAACACCAGUGUAUUGUCAUCAGCACAUACUCAAACUGAAAAAGAUAAACUGCUGGGAACAGAAGUGAUAGAGGUUAAAGAGGGUCAUAAAAAGGAUGGAAAGAAAAGAAGAAGGAAAGGCAAAAAAAAUCGACAGAAGCAUAGAGCCUAUCACAGAGAAAAGAAGCCUAUCAGAAGGAAAGGAGAUGCAAAAGAAGACGUACAAGACAAAAGUGAUGAAGAUGAUGGAACUUUCAGAAUGCCAUCUCAUUUCCCAAUUCCGGUUCCACCCAUAGAAGCUCCUCCUUUGCCAUCUGGAUGUUCAACCUCAGACACUACAGUAAGCUGUAUUAAUGCCAAACUUAAACAAAUACCACCAAUCUCAGAUCCAGAUCUAACAAGUUUAGACCUUACAGGAAAUGAUAUCACUACUAUCUCAGAUGAAGCAUUCAACGGGAUACCUAAUUUGGAAUGGAUUGAUCUCAGUAAAAACAAUAUUACCUCUCCCGGCAUAGGUCCACGAGCAUUCAAAAUCCUGAAAAAGCUAAAACGUUUGUAUUUGGAUGGAAAUAUGCUGGUACAUAUUCCAUCUGAAUUGCCAUCAACUUUGGAGGAAAUAAAAAUAAAUGACAACCACCUUCAUGCCAUUGAUGAGGACGGUUUAAAAGAUUUAAAGAACUUGAUCACCCUGGAAUUGGAAGGAAAUAAACUUAGUGAAGCAAAUGUCAGCCCUUUGGCAUUUUCUCCGCUGAAAAGUCUCUCUUACUUGCGACUAGGAAGAAAUAAAUUUAGAAUUAUCCCACAAGGUCUUCCCACCACUCUCGAGGAGUUAUACCUUGAAAAUAAUCAAAUUGAAGAAGUGUCAGAAAUUUGCUUUAACCAUACAAGAAACAUAAACGUCAUUGUGCUAAAGCAUAACAAAUUAGAAGAGCACAGAAUAGCACCUUUGGCUUGGAUAAACCAAGAGAACUUGGAAUCAAUUGAUCUCUCUUAUAACAAGUUAUACCAUGUUCCCUCCUAUCUGCCAAAAUCUUUACUACACCUGGUACUUAUAGGAAAUCAGAUUGAAAGAAUUCCAGGAUAUGUCUUUGGUCACAUGAAGCCAGGGCUGGAGUAUCUCUACCUGUCCUUUAACAAACUUACUGAUGAUGGAAUAGACCCAGUAUCAUUUUUUGGAGCAUACCACACUCUAAGAGAGUUGUUUUUGGAUCACAACGAACUGAAGUCUGUACCAUUUGGAAUUGAUGAAAUGAGAAAACUACGUUUUCUAAGACUAAACAAUAAUAAAAUAAGGACAGUCCCUCCAGAACGCAUCUGCAAGUCUCAUCUCAGUGAUGAUGAUGUUCAUGACAACAGUGAAGAGGAGGAGACUGAAGAUUCACGUUUGGAACACGUUCAUCUUGAAAACAACUACAUCAAUACAAGACAGCUAUCACCACAUGCAUUUUCAUGCAUAAGAUCCUACUGCAGUGUGAUUCUUAAGCCACAGAAGAGCAAAUAAACACCCAAACUUCGUAUUGCAACCAUUAUCUCUAGGAACUCUAUUCUCUGCUACUAUGAGGUCUGCUUACUUCUGGAUUUAAACCCUUCUUACUACUUAAAUAAGAUACAGUAUAUUAUAUACUGAA